AUGCUUUUUGGUGUAAGGCUAACCGAAGGUUCGGUCAGGAAAAGUGUUAGUAUGGGUAAUCUUAGCCAUGGGCAUGGGUCGGCUUCUCCUGGUGAUGUCUCUGACCAUGUUGCUGGUGAUGGUUACGCUUCUGAGGAUAUCGUUGCUGGCUCUUCCUCUAACCGCGAGAGAAAGAAAGGAAUUCCAUGGACCGAGGAAGAACAUAGGCUGUUCUUGUCAGGUUUACGGAAGCUAGGUAAAGGCAAUUGGAGAGACAUUUCAAGAAGACAUGUGACGACGAGGACACCAACACAAGUUGCUAGCCAUGCUCAGAAGUAUUUCAUGAGACAAUCCAAUGUGUCACGCAAAAAAAGACGUUCUAGUGUCCUUGAUAUGGUUCCUGAUGAUGAGGGAGGAGAUAUUCCAAUGGUGGAAACAAAAAUGCAAGGUGGUGAUUCUGUUCAUCAGACCCUUGCUCAUACUUCAGUUCAUGCACCAUCCAUCUUCGAAAUCGAAGAACAAGAAUCAAUGGACUCAACAAACUUUACCGUUAAGGAACCAACAACCGUAACCACACUAGUGCGCUCACAAUCUCAACCGCAACUACGUGGCUCGUUCCCGGUACAGUACCACUCACCACAUUACCGUGUUGGUGGUGAACCAAGCAAGAAAGAGGAAAGUCAUGAGAUUCUCAGACCAACAGCAGUGCACUCGAAAGCUCCCAUCAAUGUAGAAGAUCUUUUUGGUAGGACUACUCAGCUCAGCCUUGGAGAGCCAAAAGAGAAGGGAGAAACCGAUUUGUCUCUUUCGCUGAAGCUGGGUGGAGGUAUCAGAGACGAGACAGGCGGCGUUUCACCUGAAUGA